CACGAGCGCAUGAAACGGCAACAGCAGCGUUGGCUAUGUGCUUUUGAGCCAAAUCGAGAUGCGCUGCCGUCAAAUCAGUCGUUUGCGGGUUACCGAGCGAAAUGGUUGAACGGUUUGACUUGGCUUGGCUACACGAACGCAACUAACAAAGCCAAUAGCAAAUAGCAAAGAACACACUAAUAAAUCUUCUACUUGUAAAUAUUUAUUUCGAAAGUAAUAAUCUAUUGGAAAAUCGUAUUAUAUGAAUUCUUAAGCGUAUAGUAGUAUAGUGAAAAGCGAAACGCAUAAUCAAAAAGCAAAUAAACAAAAGUCCAGAUAUACAAAUAUACAGAUUAAAGCGAAUAUAAUGUGUUUACGUGCUGUCACCUAGAAUAAAUAUAUUUAUUUGUAGAAACGAGUAAACUAAACAACCGACAAAACGUAAUAAAUCACCCGUUCGAUUAAUCACAAAUAACAGGCAACUGCGGCCCCUCGACACACCGAUACCACUGAUUUAGAUAUAUAAUUAGCGACCAAUGAGCGCAGCUGUCGCAGUUCCAAAUAAUUAGAACCCCAAAAUAAGCCUCGCAACGUAGUGAAAUAUAGGAAUUGUGUGCAAAAGUCACAGUAGAGUCAACUACAGCCAGCCGGCUGUUGCGCAUCACACCAACAAAUCAGAGGCAGCGCUAUGCCAGACACAAACAAAUUAUUGAAUAACGGUUAUCUGCGCACACCGCACAUCUUCGGCCUGAGCACCGGCAGCAGCAUGGACGACAGCAGUGCCACAGCGGCCAACUCACCACUGCUGGAGGACAGCAGCGGCGUCGCCACAACCGCACUGUCGGACGACAAACUCUUGAGCCUGCAGCAGAACAGCCGAAACCUGAACAACAGCGCCGCCAACAAUGGACCGCACGUCAAAUUGCCCAUGGUCGUCUAUCUGGGCAGCGACAGCGGCGGCGGCGGCGGACGCGACGUGGGCGGUGCGAAUAUGGGUGCUGGCCUAGGCGCCGGCAUCGGCAGUGGUGCGGCACGCACAGCUCUGCAGCGAAACGUACCGUCGCCCUAUCAGAGCACCACAGCACCGAUGCAUCUCAGCCACCGCAACCAUCCGCACCAGCACAGCGAUUGGUUGACCAAGGAGCCGACGCAACGGCGGCGUUUGCUCAUUUUGGCGGCGGCCUUCACGGUGCUCGGCGCUGCGAUCGGCGCGUUGGCGAUCUAUUUUGCGGGCAGUAAUCGUAGUUGUCACUCGCUGCCCAUGGCAGGCACGGCGGUGAGCGUCAGCAGCAGUAGUAAGGAUGCGGAGCACAAAGAUGUAAAGUUUCCUCAACGAAAUAUUUGUUUAACGGAGGAUUGCGUACGAACAGCCGCUUCUUUACUUUCGGCCAUGGAUACGUCUGCGGAUCCGUGUACAAACUUUUUCCAAUUCGCAUGUGGCACGUGGAAUAAGAUACAUAUCAUUCCCGAAGAUCGCAGUUCGAUAAGCACAUUCGAGGUUUUGUCCGACGAACAACAAGUGGUGUUGAAGGGUGUACUAGAGGAAACGAUUAAGGACGACGAUAACAAAGCCACAAUCAAAGCCAAACAGUUCUAUAAGAGCUGUAUGGAUUUGCCUCAAAUUCGCAAAAUUGGCGAGGGUCGCUUAAAGGAGGUGCUGCAGUCGCUUGGCGGUUGGCCGGUGAUAACACCGAACUGGCAACCACCCAAUAUGACCAUCGAGCAGCUGAUGGGACUUAUACGGGGUAAUUAUAGUGAACCGGUGCUGGUCGAGCUUUAUGUGGGCGCCGAUGAUAAGAACUCUUCAGCUAACAUCUUACAAAUCGAUCAACUACAGCUGGCGCUGCCAUCACGCGAUUACUACCUGAAACCGAGCAGUGAAAAUGAUUUGAAGGCCUAUCAUAAAUAUAUGACACAAACCGCCAUACUACUGGGAGCCGAUCCCGCGACAGCGUCGCAAGAGCUGGACGAUGUAUUGCAAUUCGAAAUCAAACUGGUCAAUGCUUCGCUGCCCGAAGCGGAUCGCCACGACACGAGCGCCAUAUACACGAAACUCACUUUGCCGGAGUUGCAACGUCAAGUGCCGCAACUGAAUUGGACGAUCUUUCUAAAAACCGUACUUGGACCAGAUAUCGAAUUGUUGCCAGAUGAGGUGCUGGUCAGUUAUGCCAUGCCAUAUCUCGUGGAAAUGGGUAAAAUACUGGAGACAGCCGAUCGUCGUGUACUACACAACUAUGUCAUUUGGCGUUUGGUGAUGUCCAUAAUGGCGCACAUGAUCGACGAAUAUCAACGCGAACGUAUUGAGUUUCGCAAAAUACUAUUGGGCGUACAAUCGGAGCGCAUGCGUUGGUCGCAGUGCGUCGAAUGGACGAAUAAGAAACUAGGCUUGGCAGUGGGAGCGCUCUUCAUACGCGACAACUUCAAUCAAGAGAGUAAGGAUACGGCGCUUGAAAUGAUACACACACUGAGGGAGGCUUUUAAUGAGUUACUCACGGAGAAUCACUGGAUGGACGACGAGACGCGUGCGGUGGCCAGAGAGAAGGCAAACGCUAUGAACGAACGCAUCGGCUAUCCGGAAAUACUCAAUAAUGCAACAGAGCUUGAGAAAGAAUACGAAAAUCUCACAAUCAUUCCCGACAAUUUCAUGGAGAAUGUGUUGAAUAUACUGAAAUGGGAUUCAGAUAAGAAUUUACAGCUCUUGCAUCAGCCAGUCGAUAAGGAGAAAUGGACGACGGAACCAGCCGUGGUAAAUGCCUUCUACAACCCGAACAAAAACGAUAUCGUAUUCCCUGCGGGGAUAUUCCAACCGCUAUUUUAUAGCAACAAUUAUCCGAAAUCUGUUAACUAUGGUGGCAUCGGUGUCGUGAUCGGACAUGAGAUAACGCACGGGUUUGAUGAUAAAGGUCGGCAGUUCGAUAAGGAUGGCAACAUGAUGCAAUGGUGGAACAAUGCUACCAUCGAAGCUUUCCGCGAACGCACACAAUGCAUCAUCGAUCAGUACUCGCGUUACAAGAUUGAGGAGGUCGGUAUGUAUGUGAACGGACGCAUGACGCAAGGUGAAAACAUAGCGGAUAAUGGUGGCCUCAAGCAGGCUUUUCGGGCCUAUAGGAAGUGGGUUAAGCGUCAUGGACCCGAACCGGAAUUACCCGGCCUCAAUCUCACACACGAUCAACUGUUCUUCUUGAAUUACGCACAAAUCUGGUGCGGCUCAAUGCGUCCCGAAGACGCCGUCACGAAGAUACGCUCCUCGGUGCACUCACCCGGUUUCAUACGCGUACUCGCACCACUCUCGAACUCAAAAGACUUUGCCGAAGCGUACAAGUGCAAGCUCGGCUCGCCGAUGAAUCCUGUAGAAAAGUGUAGCGUGUGGUAGAAAGUUCGCUAUUUAGUAUAGUACACACACAUACAUACAUACUAACAACAACAACAACAACAACUAAUUAAAUAUAUACACAUAUGUAAUUUAUAUACAUCCAAACAUAUAUAAUGCAUACAAAAACAAAAAAGCAGCUAUUAAAUGAGAAUGUAUACAAUAAAUUUGAUUGUGUAGCACAGUGUAAUAAUGCCAUGGCAUAAAUAUUCGAAGCGAUUUGCUUAAAAGAAUAGAAUUAGUAUCUAAUGAUUUUAUUUUUUUAUAAAUGUUUUAAAGCAUUAUUUAACCUUCGUAUAUAUAUACAUACGAGGAUCAAAUAAAAUAAAUAGAGAACGAUGUUAAUUUGAGUGAGUAAAAUUAACAAGAAUUAGGUAAAUAUCAUACGUAAACACAUACACACACACAAACACAAUAUAUGUAUAACGCAAAUACCCCAAAAAAACACACACACAUAUAUUGCUAUAAUCAUUCUUACAUACAUAUGUACAUGCCUACAAGUAUACAUACAUAUAUACAAUAUAAUAAAAUAUACCGCACAUUUCAAUACAGAAUUUAAGAAAUUAUAAAAACGUGCUUAGCGCAGAUUAAAAUAAAAAAAACAACAACAACAUACAACCUAUACAUGUAUAUGUGUAAAGAUAAAAAUGCAUUCACUCACACAUAAAAUAUGUACUUAGUAUAUUGAUAACAAACACUGAAGAAUAAAAAUAAAAAUAAAAAAAAAAUCAAAGAA